UGACUGGCCACUGAGGCGCUGACGGGAAGUAAACGUAAACAAAACACGACCACAUCUGUCAUCUACGUGGAAUGAUAUUUUAUCACAACUGUUAUUAACUCUAGUCUUCCAAGGAGGUUGUAUGUUGUAUUGCUGACGAUUCUUCUUGUUAACCAGAUGUGAGGAAUACAGCGUGUGCGAGUUGAACAAGGAAGGUCAAUUGUGUAGGGAGGGGGAGGACAUUAGAAGCUCAGCCGGUCACUGAUCUUAGCCUGUGUGUCUCGCCAGGGCUGCCGUUUAAUGUGGUGUUCCUCUUGGUGGUGUCGACAAGCGCGGCAUCAUGAGUGUGGUGCAGGUGAUCAAGAAUUAUGUGAUCAAGAUGAUCACGGAGAGCGAGCCGGGCUACAAGAUUAUGCUGAUGGACAAGGAGACGACCUCGUUCGUCAGUGUGGUCCUGGGCAUGAGUGAGGUGAUGCGGCAGGAGGUGUACAUGUUUGAGCGGCUAGACCAGACAAGCUCCGGGGAGAACAUGUCUUACCUCAAGUGUCUGGUGUAUGUCCGCCCCACCAGGGAGAAUAUAGACCUGCUUGUGAGGGAACUGCAGAAACCCAGAUAUGGCAAUUAUUAUAUAUAUUUCAGUAAUGUAGUGAGCAAGAGUGAUGUGAAAUUACUGGCAGAGGCUGAUGAGCAGGAGGUGGUGAGGGAGGUGCAGGAGCUGUAUGCCGACUACCAGGCUCUCUCCCCCCACCUCUUCUCCCUCAACAUGCCCAUACACUCUCAAGGCUUGAAGUGGGCAAGUGGGGCCUUGCAGCGCACGGUGCAGGGUGUGGCAGCAGUGCUGUUCAGUCUGCAGGUGCUGCCCUCCAUCCGCUACCAGAACAACUCAGAGAUGGCCAGAGUCCUCGCUGAGAAUAUUAGACAAACCAUCCUGAAUGAGAGUUCCCUGUACAACAGUCCAGACGCCGAAGGGAACACAUUGCUGCUCAUCCUGGACCGCAGAGAUGACCCUGUCACUCCUCUGCUCCACCAGUGGACGUACGAGGCAAUGGUACACGAGUUGCUUGGAGUGGCCAGUGGACGGGUGAGUCUGGCACAUGUGGUUGGAGUGUCAGAUGACUUGAAGGAGGUGGUGAUGUCCCCUACUCAGGACGAGUUUUAUGCCCAGAGUAUGUACCUCAACUAUGGGGAGAUUGGACAGACCAUCAAGGACUUAAUGGAGGAGUAUCAGAAGAGACUCUCCAAUCAGCAGAAAGUAGAGUCGAUAAGCGACAUGAAGAACUUUGUCGAGAAUUACCCACAGUUCAAGAAAAUGUCAGGCACAGUGAGCAAGCAUGUGACGGUGGUGGGAGAGUUGUCUCGGCUAGUGGGCAACCAUGCACUACUAGCCAUCUCAGAGUGUCAGCAGGAACUGGUGUGCGGCUCAGACCACUCAGCUAACCUCCAGAGGAUCCGGCAGCUAGUGACAGACCCCAAGGUACGGGAGGUGGACGCUGCUGUGCUGGUUAUGCUGUACGCGCUGCGGCAUGAAGGUCACCCCAACACUGACUUGAAGGGACUUGUCUCAGCCCUCAAUAAGCGCAGUGUUGGCGACCGCUAUCUCAAGCUGCUGUCAUCACUCAUGGACUUCGGUGGAGCAAGGGCCAGACAAAGUGACCUUUUUGGCACUCAGCUACCACAGGACGUCUCUGGCAUCAGGAAGCGGUUCUUCAAGGGACUGAAGGGAGUGGACAACGUGUACACACAACACAAGCCACUGUUGCUGGAGACGCUGGAGGAAGUAAUGAAAGGACGGCUGCGUGAGGGUGCCUUCCCCUACUGUGGCAAUGCUCCCUCCAUGCCUCCAGGAACAAAACCACAGCAUAUAGUGGUGUUCAUCAUUGGCGGUGCCACCUAUGAGGAGUCCAUGGCAGUCCACCAGUUCAACACCAAGAGCAACAACACUCGGAUCAUCCUGGGCGGCUCCACUAUCCACAGCACAGCCAGCUUCCUCUCAUCUGUGGAGGCAGCAAUGGAGGGAGUGCCACGCAAGACACUCCGGCUAUGAACAGAAGGUCCUGCCUCCUUGCAUUCCAUGUUCCCUUUGUGGACCUUGAUAUAUGACAAUAUAUGUGUAAGUGUGCUGGAUCCUGAACUUGCUUACCAGGAGUGGAAGGGUUGCAUUCCUACCCACUCCUGUGUGUGUGUGCAUGAAUGUGUGUGUGUAUACGCUCCAGAUCAAAGUGGGUCUGUGUCGAAUCCUGAGUGGUAAAGAUGAGGUGUACAGGCAAACCAAAUCCUAUAUAUGUAGUUAAUUAAAGCUCUAUACUCCCAUUCCAUUAUCAUGAAGGUUUCACAAUUCCAUCUUACUGUUAGUGAUGCUCUUCCUUCCUGAAAAGUUUUAAUUCACAGGCUGCCAGUUUUAGUGAUAUUUUCUAGAACUGAAUAUUCAUUGAAACCGAUGCCAGUAAUGAUUGAUAGAUUGAAUGCAUGAAGUGAUUUGUCAACCUAUUAAUAGUACAGAAGAAAAAUAUAUAUAUCUUUCUAUUUACAUUUAUUAUUUGAUACAUAAAUUAUAUAUUAUGAUCUAACAACAAACAUAUUGUGAAACAUUUAAGCUGAAAACCCAACAUUAAAAACUCAUAACCUUGC